CACUGAUACAUGACACUGAUAGGCAGCACUGACUGGCACUGAUAGGCGGCACUGACUGGCACUGAUAGGCGGCACUGCAUUGGUGACACUGACACUGGCACUGAUGGGUGACAUUGAAAGGCAGCUCAGAUGGGCACUGAUAUGUGGCAUUGAUGUGCACUGGUAUGCACUGAUAUGUGGCAUUGAUGUGGCACUGAUGGGCACUGGCACUGAUGGGUGGCACUUCUGGGACCAUACUGAUCAUCAGGGCACACUGACCAUCAGUGCCCUGAUGAUCACUGUCAGCAUGACAGCUCGAGAGGAGAGAAAUGCCGAUAAACGACAUUUCCGUGUUUACAUGUGAUCAGCUGUGAUUGGA